GAUCAAUUUGGUUCUGUGGGGUAACCUCCUUUUUCCUCCGCAUUCAACCGAAUCUGAAGGUGAACGCAUUUGUAACAGAUUUACACAAUGCCAGAAACGACGGAAGUUGAUAAAGCUGCAGCUGUUGAGCCUAAGGUUGAACAAAGUUCGAGUUCCACAGAAAGUGACUCUGAUGAGGAGGACUUGCCCGAAUUGAAUGAAGCUGCGGCAACUCAAGCAGUGGCUGCUCCCAGUGCAGACAAUGCCACUGGAACUGCUUUUCCAACAGGCGCCGCUACCGGUUUACCAAUAGAUAUGGUAUCGAAAGCCAAACAAUCUAGGGGUGAGAAAAAAGCCAGGAAAAUUAUGUCCAAGUUGGGAUUAAAACCAGUGCAAGGAGUAAGUAGAGUAACAAUCCGGAAAUCCAAAAAUAUCCUAUUCGUAAUAAACAAGCCAGAUGUCUACAAAAAUCCUGUUAGUGAUACUUAUAUUGUAUUUGGUGAGGCUAAGAUUGAAGAUUUGUCACAACAACAGCAAAUUGCUGCUGCUGAGAAGUUCAAAGAAGUUAAUCCUGCUGGUGAAGAAGCUACAGGAAAUCCUACUACUUCAGUAGCUCCCAUAGCUGAAGAAUCAGAAGACGAAGAAGUUGACGAGACAGGAGUUGAAGAUAAAGAUGUUGAAUUAGUCAUGUCUCAAGCUAGUGUUAGCAGGGCGCGGGCUAUAAAAGCCCUCAAAAAUAAUCAGAACGAUAUAGUGAAUGCGAUCAUGGAAUUGACCAUGUAGUGCUCUCACAGAAUCUGGAAUCAUACGAUCAUUUCAUCAUCACUUGAUAUCAUAGAGCCACCCUUGUACAAGGAGUGUACAUUAAGUUAGUCAUUAAAUAUUCUUCAAAGCCUA